UCAGUAGCAAUAUGAAACUCGACUCGACCGGAUGCUCAGACCGGAGCCGGAGCAUCAGUCAGUAGUGGCAGCAAGUAAUCCUUUUAACCCGUUCGUGCACUAUCCGAUAGCGGUGGCGGUUACAUAUUCUCGGACGGUCGCGGGAGUGAAGGUUCCUAUUGGAUUUUUUUUUCCAACGUGUGGUUGAGAUUUCUGUAGAAUCUAGGUUAAGGUGGAGGAGAGCAUAUAGUAGUGACCGUGAGAGUUGGACUUAAUUAGAGAUUUCGGCUGUAAUUGAGCCAAAAAGUAUCGCGUUGGCCCUCUCGCCGUCGGCGAUAACUGUGCGUGGGAGGAGGACGUUCGUUCCGUUAGCCAUGAGCCGUGCCGAUUGAUGAAUCGUUUUCCGAAGAAGAUCUAGGCGUGGGAAAUCUUUGUCACCGUUUAGAUACACAAAGAGUGCACUGCAGACCCGAUAGGAUGACAAGGGUUUCGAGAAGCCUGUCACGAUGGAUGCUGAUUGUGGCCCUUGUGUUGCUCACAGCCGGGAAAAUCGUACACGGGUUGACUCAUCAUCAUUACCCUCAUCAUGGUCGUCGAGCUACAGACAGCGAUCCAGAUGGUGUGUGGCAUCGAACGCCGAAUGGCACUGCUGGCAAUGACCGUAAUCCGAUUGCUCCGAAAGUGGAGCACACGCGACUCGGCAGUAGUGCUAUACUGACCUACAAUGUGUCACAACAUGGCGAGGCCAUCACGGUACGAAUCGAGCUACGGAGAAGCUUACUGGGCCGGACCUUCGUAGAACGGCAAGGCUAUCGAAACGAAUCGAUAGUGGAAUAUUUUGACGAGGAUUGUUACUAUCAAGGGUGGAUCGAUGGCAGUCCGGACAGUCAGGUGGUACUGUCCACCUGCGAUGGGAAGGUUCGCGGAACUAUCUACGACCUUGACGAUACGUACUACAUCGACUACGAUGACACCACAGGGGAGCAUUAUUUGCAAAGAAUCAACGACCUUCCGGAGGUAAAUCGAAUUAAACGAAGUCCCCAUCCAAGGUUGACCGGUCCGUACAACGCCAAUCGUCACUCAAAGUUCGUAGAACUGGUCCUGGUCGUGGACAACUCCCUCUACAGACACUUCGAAUCCAACAUCUGGACCGUCCAACGUUACUGCACUGACGUCGUGAAUCACAUCAACAUGCUUUUCAACCAGUUGAACAUCUUCAUCGCCCUUACCGGAGUAGUGGUCUGGGACCAGUACGACCACAUUCAAGUUUCGGAACGUGCCGACAACACGCUGAACAGCUUCCUGCAAUAUCGCAGGAAGGAGCUGCUGCGAAGCCAUCCCAACGAUCACGCCCAACUGUUGACCAGAAUAAACUUCACGGAUCACGUGAUCGGGAAAGCGAAGCUCGGUGGAAUGUGCACCAGCAACAACUCCGGAGCGGUGAUUGUCAUCCAUACGGACAACAUCGGAAUCCAGGCGGGAACGUUGGCACACGAGAUGGGCCACGGCUUCAACAUGGAGCACGACGAGGAUCAGCAGUGUCAGUGUGAGGACAGUAAGUGCAUCAUGACGGCGACCGCGACGGGACGAUCACUGAAGCACUGGAGUAGCUGUAGUAUAGAUCAGUUGACGCUGGCGUUCAACAGGGGUCUAAAUCAUUGCUUGAAGAACCGACCGGAAGCAGUAUACUCGACGAGUUGUGGGAAUGGGUUUGUGGAUGAAGGUGAAGAGUGCGACUGUGGACUGGAGGAAGUCUGUGAUAACCAAUGCUGUGAUCCGAAGCUAUGUCGGUUAAAAGAAGGAGCUGUGUGCGCUACGGGAGAGUGCUGCAAUCUGGAAACUUGUCAGUUGAAGGAGGCCGCUAGCAUUUGUAGAAAGACCCACGGGGAGUGCGACCUGCCGGAGUAUUGUACGGGACAAUCUGAACAUUGCCCAAUAGAUGUUCAUAUGAGGGAUACGGAACUUUGCGCAGGUGGUCAAGCGUACUGCAAUGACGGAGACUGCCAAACCCGAACCGAUCAGUGUCGAUUGCUGUGGGGUCCUUCGGGGAAAGUCUCCGAUGAUAACUGCUACACAAGAAACGUUAACGGCACAAAGUAUGCCAAUUGCGGCUACGAUAGAGAUACUCACAGUUGGAGGAAAUGCGCCGAGCAGGACGUACUGUGCGGUCUGCUUUUCUGUCAACAGUUGAACGAAAAUAAGCUGGAGUUUGGAUUGAGAGUAUUCUCGGGGGAACAUAUCGCUAGCGCCCUCAAGGGCCGUGAAGUCAUCCAAUGCCACGCCGCAUUCAUAGAUCUAGGUAACGCCAAGCAACCAACCCUAGUUCCAGAUGGAGCCCCUUGCGGUCUCAACAAGAUGUGCUACCAACAGCAAUGUUGGGAUAUAGAAAGUCUCAACUCGUACGGAAUAGGACAGCCUUGCUCGCACAACUGCAACGGCCACGGCGUCUGCAAUAGCAAAGGAAACUGCCACUGUGACCCUGGCUACGCUCCACCGUUUUGCGAAUUCCCCGGAUACGGUGGCUCUGUAGACAGCGGUCCAGCCUCCAAAUCCUUCAACCCUCCUCUGAUCGUAACAUUGGCCAUAGUAUCAAUCGUUAUAAUAAUGAUGUUCAUCACCUACAUAGUCCGCACCUUCUGCCAACCGGAUCGAUGCCGGACUCCACUCAAAAUCAACACCUUCCCGUCGCCCUCGCGCAGCAAACACAAACUCAUUCCAACCACAUCAUCCAAUUCGACAGUAGCGCGUGAGAUCUCCGCUCCAAAACUGUGCUCUUCCACCCGGGACGUAGACGGACCGCAGUUUACCCCCAUUGCAAGACUGAAACACAAUCAAGACGAUCGAGCGAGUAAAAGCAGUAUGGUUUCAGUGCGCUCGAUGGCUCAACCCUCAGUAGGCUAUGUGACACACGUGACUCCUUUGCCACCGCCGGCGAGUCCACGGCGGUUACCGAGGCAACCGUCGUAUGUGCAUCGGCACGGUGCCGGAUCCACUCGCCGGUACUCGUGAAUCACUCAAUCAUUUUUACUCAAUCCGAAAUAUUGCUAGCCCGUGUAGAAUCUAAGUGUAGUGACAUUUUGGCUUUUUGAUACUAGCGUUAUUUUUGUACUAGGUGUAACUGUAAGGUAAUAAAAUAAAGUUCUAGUCAUCAAUUUGAAACGUGAGA